GGAGGCCUGAGGCAUGGGGACCAGGGCAUGGACGCUCUCCACGCUGAUGGGAUGCUGCGCCUGGAUUCUGCACGGGCUUGGGGCUGUUACUGCUGUCCCCGUCACCACCGACGGGUCCUUCACUGUGGGGACAGCCUUCCCCAUGACAACAGAGGACGAGUGGCCCCAAACCACAGAGAGGAGUGCCACAGCAGCUGAUGCUGAGACCUUCCCUCCCUGGACUGAGAUGGACCCAGUGAUGGCUACGAGCGAGUACAGCCCUUCAGUGGCAGCUCUGGGGAACGAGACCAAGGCUCUGAACACGACUCAGAGUAAUGAGGGAAGAUCUGCUGCUCCCAAUAUGGCCACGACUGCUGCUGCCAUCACUGCACAGCACCCCGCUGUCACCCCAGAAGCAGCACAGGAUGAACCAGAGGUCCCUCCUGAUGUCCCUCACGGGACCACCUCUGUCCUUGAGGAUGUGAAGGAGGACAUCACUACAGACCCCAGUCCUGGCGCUGCAUCCCUGCACAGCACCCCUCCCCUGGCAGUCACCUGGGUGCCACAGCCAACUGCUGGUGUCACUGUGCUGCCCGGCCAAGGGCUGAACACUGCCCAGGGAGUAGUGCAGGAAGGUGAGAUCCUGCCCGAAGAUAUCCAAAGUGAAGCCAGUGCCAGCUCCUCGGGCUCCAGUCCUGGCGCUGGGGAGCUGAUUCCAGCCCAGCAGGAUGGAGCAGUGGGUGGGGCUGAGGGCAUCAACCCAGGGGCAGCAGGAGAAACGGCCCCAGCUGUCUGCAUCUUCUUCCUCAUCUACAGAGGAGUCUUCAUCACCAGGGAGGACAGACGUUGGUGUUCCCAACCCCAGGAGUUCUCCACCCUCAACACAGCCAAGCCGCCCUUUGUCCGUGACGUGGAAGCGAAGGUCCGGCGCUACCUGAGGUCCUCCUACUCUGCAGCCUGGACCCUGAAAAUCACCUGGGAGAAGGCACCUGCCCAUGCAGCACGGACUGACACCCGGAAGACUAUCACGUACCAGGCUGUCCUGACCACUGAUGGCUUCAGGUCCUACAUCCUGAUGCUGUACCAGGAUGGAGGCAUGCAGUGGGAUUACACCAGGCUCCCUUCCACCAAUGUGCUCAUCGGCUACACCAGUGGGGAUGGCUUUUACCACAAUGAUGACCUGACUAAGAGACCUCCAGCUGCCAAAUAUCGCCCUGACCAGUUCAGGGGCUACAACACAGACCUCCGUGGGUUCUGGAUUUACAAGCUGGAGAGCCGCGUGGGCAUCAACUACCGGCUGAAGUGCCUGGCGUGGACAGGGCAGCAGCAGGAGCCCCGGGCAUGGAGCCAGGGCCUGCCCACCUGCCCCUGCUCCCUGCAGCAAGGGCAGCAGGACCCACGCUUCAAGAGCAGCCGUGGAGGCAGGUGGGGUGCCCGUGUCUCCAUGCUGCACUCGGCCUCCCCCAACCAGCACGGCGCCGGCGUGCGCUGCCUGUACGACAGCCAGGACCAGCUCAUCGAGGGCAGGCAGGAGAGGUACUGGAGGAACUCCAGGCAGGCGUCACCCUACCGUGACCAGGAGCUGAAGUUGUAUGACUGGUGCUGUAAUCGGGCGGGCAGUGCCCACCUCUGUGCCCGCUACAGCGAGAAGAGGCCGAAGAUUGGCUGUGAUGGAUAUCAGUCCCCCAGCAUGGAUUCCUCUGAGGAGGCAGAUAAUGACUCAGAUGAGCAGAUAGAUGGAGAGGACAAGUAACUGGGAGGGUUUUGCACACCUGCAGCACGUUCUGGGCCAUGGCUGAUCCUCAAGCCCUUUGAUCUGCUCUUCCCCCGUGUCCCCCCACAGAACCCAUCACCCCUGCCCACCACACAGGGCAGCUCACUUGGCAGUGCCUGCAGUUGCCUGCCCUGGCACAAGUUCACAUUUCUAACCCAGUCUUGUCCCAGGGAUUCAGAUGCUUUAGUUGUCCUUUCCCAGAUGCAGCUGGGGGGCAGAACUGGUGGGGAGGUGGGCAGGUACCCCCCAGUGCACACACCACCCUUGUCCUUCCCACAUCCCACUGUGCUCCCAUGCUGCAGGGUGAGGCUGGACCCCUGGGAAAGGGUUAAACACCACACAUGGGUUGACUGUGGCCAAGCCCUUAAAUGCCAGGGUGCACCAGGCUUGUCCUGUGAGCCUGUCCUGUCUUGUCCCCCACUUCUGUUUCCCAGCCAUCCCUUCCUGAGUGGUCCCU